UAAGAAUGAAGAUUAGGUAACAAUAUUUGUGCAAGGUAAACGGUAAAUGGAAGCGUUGCUCUUUUUAAUUUUGUAGGUUUACCGGCUGUAGAAGAAAAGCUUUGACAUUUGACUGUGUUUGACGAUAACCGGCGUUAUCUAUAUCCACGUGUUGUUAUCGAGUUAAUAUGGCGCUUUUCGGUGCAACAGCAACACUGGUACGAGGCUGCUGCCGCCAGCAACGACCGCUCGCCAUUUUGGCAAAAAAAUCGAAUUUUCUACAAACCGGAAUCGAAGUCGGACAUAUUAAUUUUCGACUUCAGUCUCAAAUAGGAUUUCUUGGUGUUCGUUUCGCGAGUAAAUUUAAUAAAGGCAAAAUGGGUCUUCCCCGUGUAUUUUUCGAUAUGGCUGCCGAUGGACAACCACUUGGACGCAUCGUUAUGGAGCUUCACACAGAUGUUGUGCCCAAAACUGCGGAGAAUUUUCGCGCACUAUGCACCGGUGAGAAAGGCUUCGGCUAUAAAGGUUCAUCCUUUCAUCGAGUGAUACCGAAUUUUAUGUGCCAGGGCGGUGACUUUACACAACACAAUGGCACCGGAGGCAAAUCAAUUUUCGGCAAUAAAUUUGAUGACGAAAAUUUUACAUUAAAACAUACUGGACCUGGUAUUCUAUCGAUGGCUAACGCCGGCCCAAACACAAACGGAUCACAAUUUUUUGUUUGUACUGUAAAAACUACAUGGCUGGACAACCGACAUGUCGUUUUCGGACAAGUAGUAGAGGGAAUGGAUGUUGUUAAACGUAUUGAGGCACUUGGUAGUCAAUCGGGCAAAACGUCGAAGAAAAUUGUUAUCGAAGAUAGUGGACAAUUGGAAUAAGAAUAUUAUAAGAAAUAAGUACAUGUUCGUUCGUAUUAAUAGAAUAACUUGAAAUAUACACAGUACAUACUCACAAAUGAAUUAAAAUUAAAUCACUUACUUUAUUUGUAUUAGAAUUGAUUAGCUGUAAAUAUAAGUACUGCAGGAAUGUGGUGUAAAGUUUGAAUGCCGUACGAGUACAGAAGUAUAUGUACAUGCAUGUGUGAGUGCCAAGUGAUUUGACUUGUUUAAAUGUGGUGAGAAGUCUACAUGCUAGGUGCAUGAGUGUUGGACCCGCAAUGAAAUUGAAUUAUUCUAAACUUAACGUGUGAUGUGUUUUGUCGUCUAUUCCGUAAAUAAUUAAAUAAAAAAAAAGUUUUGCGCAAAAAGCGCUAACAAAAAACGUACUAAUCAAU